UAUGAGCAUACAAAUAUCAAAUAUGUAUAGGAGAGAGAGGGAUGCAAGAGAUGGAGUAUGUCGGCCAAAUUUGGAUUUAUCUCAUAGGAAGAUCAACGUGGCGGCCGUGCCCAGACGACAGACUAGCAGCCAAGGGGAGUGUUGUUCAAGUUCUAGCUCCGCUUCCACCCCCACAAACCCUGAGAAGCGCAAGCACAGGCAACAGCAAGACAAGCCUUAUAGAGGCAUAAGGAUGAGGAAGUGGGGCAAGUGGGUUGCUGAGAUUAGAGAACCCAAUAAGCGUUCUAGGAUUUGGCUUGGCUCCUACUCAACACCCAUCGCCGCCGCGCGUGCCUACGACACCGCCGUUUUCUACCUUCGUGGCCCUUCUGCCAGGCUUAAUUUCCCCGAUUUGAUAUACCAUGAAGAUAACCUACGUGACAUGUCUGCUGCUUCUAUACGCAAGAAGGCUACUGAAGUUGGGGCUCAGGUGGAUGCUCUACAGCAAACGGCUCUCCACCCAUCAGAAAAGAACUCCAACCGACUAGUUCCGGAGAAACCUGACUUGAACCAGUAUCCGACCCCAGAAAAUUCUGAUGAAGAGUAUCAGAGGAUCGUUGAUUAAUUAGUAAUCAAAUAACUCCUUGUAAUCAUUUACUUUUGUUUUCUUCAAUCUUUUUUUGUUAUAGGUAGAUAGCUAGCUAACCAGCUAGCCAGCCACCAUGUGUUUCUGAGAAAAGUUCAGACACAGAAGAAAAUUAAGGGGAUAUAGUAAUCGGGUGAGUUUAAGACUUUAAAAGAGAAAUAGAUAUGAGAAAGGAUUCAAUUUGGGUAAUUGAACAGAGAAUCGUCUCCUCUUUUAUCAGUUUGUAACAGCAGAGGGUAAACGGUGGAAAAUAGUUGUUUUUAGUUAGUUAAGCCAUCAAAGUUUAAAUCUGAGUUUGUCUACUAGUAGUAGUAGUAGUGUUUUGUUGAUUCUCUUUGUACGAUUCCAAUAAUAUAGCUUUGAAAGUA